AUGUGUGAUAGUUCGGAUGGGAGUGGUGGAAGUAUGGAUAGAGAGAAAGAAGCGCAACUUCAACAAGCUAUCAGCGCUUUUAUGCAACCGCCAUUCUUCAAUGAUAUUUGCAUACGUAUCGUAACGAUUGAUUUAGCCAGUGGUCACAGAAAUGAGGAGCAAGUGUUAGCAAAUAAAUUUUUGCUAGCAUUCUUUUCAUUACAUAUUCGUGAAUUAAUCCUCAAUGGUGUUUAUUCAAUCGAUCGAAGUAAUGGUAUCCUACAAAAUAUACCAACAAUUGAGCUUCAUCUUGGUACCACUACCAAUGCUGCACAAGCUUUUCGGGUUAUUCUACGAUAUCUUUAUACCGGAAUGCUUACAUUCGGUACCGCACAUCCAUUUCAGGUAUUACAAGUAUCUCGGAUAUGUCAAAUUCCAAUGGUAGAAAUUCAAGUAGCAGAACUUCUAAAAUUAUUUCUAUCCAUUCAACUCGAUGAAAACAAUUGUUUUAUAAGGCAGCACAAUAUUAUGGCCAUAAAUUCAAAUUCAACUAAUUUAACAAAGCAACGGCGUUACGUAUCAACUAUACCUAUAAAAAAAGAAAUUCAGAAAUCAUCGAAAAUCAAUGUUGAAAAUGAUUCAAUGAACAAUGAAUUACUUAGUGCAUCAUCGAAAGAAACAUCCUCGACAGGACAAACCGGAAAUGCCGAACGAUUCAAUGAACUUGUCCUUCCAUCUAAUGACAAAGAAGGUUGGUGUCGUAAUAAGAAAUAUAUCGAACAGGUGGCAAAUGGUUAUAUGUGUACAGUAUGCCAUAAAGUUUACGGUCGUUAUAAUUCGGUAUCAUAUCAUGUUACAAUAUAUCAUCGUAAUUCACCUAUUAAAUGUGACGAAAAAGGUUGUCCGUUUAGGACACGUGAAGCACGUUACAUUCAUUUUCAUAAAUACUAUCGACAUCAUAUUCCCUUACCGGAUAAUAUUGAUUUAGGUUCACGGAAGUGUCCAUUUUGUCGCCAUGUAUCAAAAAGUCCAGCAAUGCUUGAGAAACAUAUAAGCCGUCAUGUACAGGUUGUAGACCGCGCUGCAUCAGUUGCUGCCGGAAUAUCACGAGCACAUUUUUCACGAUACUCUCAAAGUCUAUCAAAUUUUCAAUGUUCAAAAUGUACCUAUAGGGGACGAACAUCAGAUGACUUGGGACGGCAUAAAUUAUUUGUUCACAGCACUGAAACAUUUCGACGGAAACAAACUACGCCUAAUUCUACUGGCUGCAGUAAAAGUGGUAGCAUUAAAAAUAAUAUUUCGGGUGAAAUUCCUACACGUAAUGUAAGAUUAAGAGCCCUAAAAGAUCAUAGUUUAAUGUUAUGGAAAAAUGUAAGAUUAAGAGCCCUAAAAGAUCAUAGUUUAAUGUUAUGGAAAAAUGUAAGAUUAAGAGCCUUAAAAGGUCAUAGUUUAAUGUUAUGGAAAAAUACAACAAAGAAAUCCACGAAUGGAUUGCAAAAGAAGGCGGAAGAGUUGAAGGAAAAGUUAGGUUUAUUAGCGGGAGGGAAGAAAGAACAACAAAAAAUUACAGCAACGAAACAAAAAUUAAAAAACUUAAGAAAGAGUAAGUCACCGAAUAAGAAGACUGAGACAUCGAAGCAAUAUGAGAAGUCAUCGGUAGAUAAAAAGAUAUCAAAAGGAAUCAAGAAAGGUUCCAUACGACAAGAAAAAUCCUGUUCAGUAUAUCAAACUACCAGUGGAAAUGCUGAAAAGGUUAUUAUUGCACGGAUGAAACUGAAACAACGCCUUUGGUUGUGUAAGGAAAGACAUAGGAGAAGUAGCAUAUGUGAAGAUUCCGGAAAUAUUGAUUUGUUUCACUUGAUUCAUCUUUUGGUUGACUUACUCAGUGAUACUGACCGUUCGAUCGUUGCUGGCUAUCAGGUGGCAUAUUUUGCUAAUUACUUGAAGCUUCCAGAAUGUGUACUUUGCCCGAUCUUGACCAUAUCUAAAAAAUAUUUCUUACUUUCAAGCAAACAUACUCCGUUGGAAGUAACUUUGAAGAAGAAAGGCAGUGAUGUGAAUUUAGCACAAUUGAUUGAUAAAGGUGAAAAGAGGUCAAGAAAUAGGAGUGAAAAAGAAGAUGAAGAUGAUACAUUAUUUAAUAUAGAUCCAUUGAUGCCUGAUAUGGAUUUGCCAUCUCUUCGUUUAAAUACCAAAACGGAAUAA